AUGUCGGAAUCGGAAUCAUCGUCCGAUAAUAGCGAGCGGGAAUCAUUGUACGAUAAUAGCGAGUGGGAAUCAUCGUACGAUAAUAGCGAGUGGGAAUCGAAUCCAGAACCCCGACCUCUUUUCCAAGAAGUACUCCGUUGCUUUCCGAUCAAGGCAUACAAGAACCCUAAUCACGAAGUUGGCGAUAAAAUAAUAUUGCCCUCUUCGUCACUCUACCAAAUCUACGAACAGAGGAUCAAAUUCCCGUUAGUUUUCAAGCUCCAGAGUUUCAAAGAGGCCGCGGUUCCAUCAUACAGCGGCGUACUGGAAUUCGACGCGGAAGAAGGCAACGUAUAUCUGCCAGGGUGGAUUUUUCAGAAUCUUGGAAUCGAAGAGGGAGAUAAUAUAGUUGUGAGCAAUGCGUCCAACGUAUUGAAAGGGUUUUACAUGAAACUCCAGCCUCACACAAAGGCGUUCACCGAGCUGAGCGACCCGAGGGCGGUUUUGGAAAAGGUGCUCAGGGAGUUCACGUGUUUGGGCAAGGGGAGCACGAUCGCCAUCAAGUAUAAUCGAGUGGAUUUCUACUUUGACGUUUUGGAUGUGAAUCCGGGUGAUGUUAUUACGUUGAUUGAUACUGACUGUGAGGUGGAAUUCGCGCCGCCGUUGGAUUAUGUGGAGCCUCAAUCGGACGGUGGAGAUUCAAUCAAGAAAAUUGACCGUGGUAAAGAGCCAAAGGAGGAGGAAGGAAAGGAGUUUAGGCCCUUUAUCGGAAAGGGGCGGCGUCUGGAUGGGAAGAAUCCGGUGGCGGCAGUGGUGGAAUUGUUGUCGGAAGUGGUGAUCGGCGAGAAGAAGAAAAGAAGCGGGAAAGAGGAAGUAAAAGAAGAGUUCAAAACCUUCACAGGCAAGAGUCGUGUUCUCGGAGUACCGCAAUUUUGA